AUGAAGCUAUUAUGCGUUCUCAUUUGCAUCUUUUCACUUAGCCUGGUCAGUUAUGGGGCGCCAACGCAGAACAAUUUGUAUUACGUUGUCAGCGAAGAACUGCAGUUUUACGACGCCGAAAUUAACAACAACGAAGAAGAAGGUGACUAUAUCGGUAAACCUUGUAACCACACAUGCGAUGAAGCUCUAUUAAACGUUAAAUGCGACAAAACCACAAAAACGUGCCAAUGCUUAGAAGAAUAUCCGGUUAAAAUAUCGAAAAAAGGUCGCGGCUGUGCUAAACCUUCUUGGUUGGGAGAUCAAUGUAUGUACAGCGAAUCGUGCAUGCACACUGAUCAAUUUUCGACUUGCGUGCAAAUAAACCAUAAUGCUUACUGUCAAUGUAUCGACGGUUAUCAUAUCGUGCCCGAACAAAAAACUUCCAGAAAAGCAUUCUGCUCAAAAGAUAUUUUACAAAUAGCUAAAGAUCUUCCGGCGCUCUUCUUCGUCAUAGCAGGAGUGUUUGUGUUCUCAACGGUGAUAUGCUUCGCGAUGAAGUUAUUCGUUGGUAAAUCUCAACGAUACGAGAAUUCCACGAUCACCACUAGGCUUCUAUCUACUUCUGAAAUCGCUCAAGUAGCUCGAUCAUUCAGACAAUCGAAUCGUAACACAACUCUUUCGAGAAGAGGUAGUCGAGGAGUAACCGUAUCAUCUUCCAGAGCAACGGCAGCUCGAGCUGCAGCCAUUCUAUUGGUAUCUUGCCAUAUACCAACACAUCACGAUCAAGCUACUAGAAAAUCAUCAGAUUCGCAAGUUGGCAGCGGAAGUGUUCUGCUGUUACAGAAUAGCAAUCCAAAUUCGCCCAAGUCAUUCAGUGCUAAACAAUUCAAACGAGAUUCCGAACAGAAGAUCGCUGCCAGGAAUCGAUCUAUUAUUAAUCAGCCUUCGACGUCUUCUUUGGGAUCGUUUAGUUCUCCGAAGAAGAAUAUUGAGAAACUUCCCCAUAGCAGUUCGUUGAACAACUUGGAUGAUGAUAGCAAUUUACAUAUUGGACUAGAUAAACCGAAUUAUUCAUUAGGCGACGAACUGAAUGAAUCCAAUACUCAACAAUUAGAAUAAGUCAUUUGAAAAUUGUAAAUAAUGUAAACCGAAUAAAAAUUAAUGUACGUGUACUCGUUACUUUGAAAUAAGAAAGCUCGAAGUCGGUAAAACUGAAGAUUUAUUGAACUAUUACAAUAUCGUUUGGAUGUUUUUUUUUUAAUAUUUACGAGUGAAUCCCGAGAGCGAAAAAAGGAACAAAAAUGAACAAACAAAACACACGUAUGAAAAAAUUGGAAUACAAAGUUUUAAAAAAAUAAUAGGAAUGACUAAAUACUCGAUAACACAAACGUAACAAUAUGCCUAUCGACUAGUGUAGCGAACUGUACAA